AUGGAAAUUUAUGGGCUUCACCUACCCUUACCCUUCUCUUUUCUAUAUAGUCUGCAUUUUAUCUAGAAUCUUCCAUUUCUCAGUAUUUCCCUAUCGCUCUGCUCUCUCUUCCAUAGCUCUACUGCUUCAAUCAGGGGCGUUCUGAGAACACAUAAAAACAUAACCAUGGUGAAGGCUGUUGUAGUUCUUAACAGCAGCGAGGGUGUUACUGGCACUGUCAGCUUCACCCAGGAGGGAGAUGGUCCAACAACUGUCACUGGAAACCUUUCUGGCCUUAAGCCUGGACUCCAUGGCUUUCAUGUGCAUGCCCUUGGUGACACCACCAACGGUUGCAUGUCGACUGGACCUCAUUUCAACCCUGCUGGCAAAGAGCAUGGUGCCCCCGAAGAUGAAGUUCGCCAUGCUGGUGACCUUGGGAAUAUCACUGCUGGAGAAGAUGGCACCGCAAGUUUCACCAUUGUUGACAAGCAGAUCCCACUGAGUGGACCACAUUCCAUCAUUGGAAGAGCAGUUGUUGUUCAUGGUGAUCCUGAUGAUCUUGGAAAGGGUGGACAUGAACUGAGCAAGAGCACCGGCAAUGCUGGUGGUAGAAUUGCUUGUGGUAUUAUUGGCCUUCAGGGCUGAGUCAUGGUGCAUUGACUUGUGAGAAGUACCCCUCUAUCGUUUCCCAAAGUUUUAAUAAAAGUUUCUUGUUAUGUCGGACUACAUUCCUAUCUAUUACUACUAUGUUUUGUACAAUUGUACUUCCAAGUUCAAUUGUAUUUGUUGCAUUUUCUAGAUUAGUAGUAGUAUCACUUUGGAGUUUGGAUAAUAAAAUAUCAUUUUAUAUAAAA